GUGACGUCCAACACAACACAGAUGGGACGGCCGCGUGUGGACGACAUACACUCCAGGUGACACACAUACAACCUCCGCCAUACAGUCAUACACACCGGUCUCGCAGUUCAUCCACAAACUUCAGCAACAACGCCGGCGACAUGACCCGACUACAGCAGACUCUGGCAACAUGUUUGACUGUGGUCACUGUAGUGCAGCUGAGCAUGAAGGGAGUGACGUCAGAGGACACCUUCACCUGUUCCCCGCCCUGUCUGAACGGCGGCAUCUGUAUCGCUGAGAACACGUGCAUGUGUACGGGGGAGUUCGAGGGCCCCAUAUGCCUCACGCAACGGACACAGACUACGCAAUCAAAGCCUGACUGUCUGAAGUGACACACAUCCCGUCAGCACGCCGAUGGCAAGAUAUCGUUGACGUCUUACGUUAAACUUGUAUUUUAUUGACGUUGACUCAAUAGAAGUUUGAAAACAUU